AAAAAUGGAAAUGUCAGAGCAGUGUAAAAAUUUUUGUGAAAAUGUAAUCACUGAAAAACUCAAGCACUCAAAAAUUAAGAAUUCAAUUCCAACAAAAUGCAUCUAUUACAUGAACACACGGCUAUGUUAAAUGUAACUGAUAUUGGAAAAUUUAACAUUAGUAUAAGAGAUGCCUCAUCAGACAACUUCGAACUAAAGGAGAAGCGAUCUUCGAACGCUUCCAUUUUGUUAAUGAACCCGGUGGCGAGUGGGGACAACAUGGCGACGGAUAUAAGCGGGACUCAAAAAAUAAAAGAAGAGGUACCGCCGCUGGUGCCGUGCUGCGAAGGCAGAGAACUACAGAUUAAUGCUGAUUUGGUGCGCAGUGGACUCUCAGCGAUCUCUGUAAAACACGAUGGCCUAGUUCAGAGUUUGAGCAUGUCAUACGCCUGUGAAAAAUUACAAGUACCUCCAGGGUUAAUGAAGCAUCGAAAUUCGUUUAGAUGUCUGCAUCGCCCUGACUUGAAGCGGGUUCCGUACUUGCGUCGAAUGACAGCAGAUGAGCUAGAAACUCUGUUCCGAGGUUACGCAGAUUUACCCAAAAAGGGGCCUAAAAAAGAGAACCAUAAGAACAUAUUACGGGUACCAAAGCCGCCUGACGAGAUAUCCAAGAGCAAACUAGAAAAGACAGAUGUUAAUGUAGAUGACGGAAAUGUUCUCCACCCUAUCCCUGAGAUGCGCACCGGCUCUGAAGAUGUGCCCGCUGGCUUGAGGCUGCAUGGGGCUCGCGCCAGGCUGUACACCUCCAUACUUGCGGGAGACAAAACUGGAGACCAGCUAGGAGAUGCAAGCGCUAUCGAGGACAUUGACAAUCGGGUUGCAGAAGACAUUUUGCCGGAAGACGAAAUUCAACUUAACGAGGAAUUACAAAUAAUAUUACCACCUAGGUGCGAUGACGUCACCGCUGAUUCUUCUACAACUAGUUCGAUGAGGAACUGUUCGAGCAAAUUGUAAUAGCAAUAUUAUGUUCGGUGCAAAGUAACAAAUGAAAAUCGGUAUUGUGACUCGACGUUUAAUGACAAGGAUCGUGGCUAAUACUAGAAGGGGACUUGGGAAACUAAUGAUGUAUCUGACUUGGUUAUUGAACGAUUUUUUAAGUUACUAAUACUACUGGACUACUCGCAAUGUAUGCAAAGUAAUUUUGCAUACAUUGCGAGAAAGUAACACCAUUGGAAAACGUUUAGUUUAUUUUUAAUUAGUUAAUUAAUAAGCGGGGAAGUGACUUAAAUAUUGAAUAUAUAUUUUUUGUCCAAAAAAAAACGUUGAAAUUAGGAGAAAAAUAAACAACUACAAUCAUUA